AUGCCGUUCAACGAAACUCAAGCAGGAAACAUUCCACCGUCACCAGCGGGGUAUCAGAUGCGGCCGGAGUUGAGUGAAACAUUUAAAUCGGAAAAGAUACGCGAAAUAAUCAACAACGUGCUUACGGAAACCUUAACUGGUCAAACAUAUUCGGCUGCAGAUGCAUCGCGCUGGACGAAGUCGAUGGCUGAUGAGAUAAGUCUGCAAGUAAAGGAUUUGGAAAUGCACCACUACAAACAUGUGGUUCAGGUGUGGAUUGGUCAGCAGCUGGGUGCCGGUUGCAAAUGUGUUGCACGAUGCCGUUGGGAUACGGAAUGCGAUAACUAUGCGACGGCCGAAUUUAAGAACUCAACCAUGUUUUGCUUAGUGACAGUUUACGGGCUGUAUCUGUACUGA